AUCAAAGUCUAAAAUCAUUCGCCAUUUUUUUUCUCGGCAAUAAACCAGCUAGGUCAAGAAAAACAAUUUUGUAAAAAUGAGUGGGGAAAUGACCAUGAAGAAAACGGUUGAACAGCUCAGGCGAGAAGCUGGUGUGGAUAGAAUGAAGGUUUCUCAAGCUGCCGAAGACUUGCAGCAGUACUGUGAGAACAAUGCCAACAACGAUGCUCUGCUUACCGGUGUAUACUUAACUGGUAACCCCUUCAAAGACAAGAAAGGCUGCACCAUCAUCUGACUUUACAGAUGAAAUGCUGUUAUAAACAUAAUCACCUGGAUAACCAUGGAAAAGUGUAAACUCUCUCAGCACCAGUCAUUAUAUUUAAGACAAAGAAAGAAAUCUUGCCAAACUGUGCAUCCCAUCCAACCUAUCUACACUCCAAACAAAGGACCGAAGCUCAAACUUGCUUAUGAUCAUGAAUCAUCAAAAUAUGUUCCAGAUAAGGCCACACAAUAUUUUCUUGUAUCAUCCAUAGCUUUGUUCAGCGUGUUUUUUAGUCGACACAAAUCAAAGCACUGUAACACAUGAUGCCAUCGAAAAAAAUAAGUGUGUUGAAAUUAAAUUAAUAUUUUCAAGGCUGAGAACUAUUGGCAGUUUUCUAUGUUCAAGUUAUAAACCACACCUAUUUAUGUUAUGUUUUGAAAAGUUGCAAUAUUUAUCAUGUUUUUUUUAACAUUGUUUGUGUUAGUAAAGUUGUGUUUAGAACUGUCCAACUGAAAUAGAAAAACCCUGGUGGUAAACUUCUAAAAUUCACAUCGGAAAUAAUAUUUGACUGUGCUUAGCACCGUUUGGUGCUUACAGGCUUUAUGAAUGUAGGCCCUGUACCCCUUUCAAGUUUUAACUCGAGAGUUGAGACUCGUUCAAUGUCCAAUGUCAUAGUGUUCACACAUUAGUUUUGUUAUUAGAAUCAGUGCAUAAUGGACUAACAAGGUAAAUCCUCCAAAGCAAAACUCUUGAUCAUCCUUCUGGCCUUUUAUACUAAGCCUCAUAAUGGUCAACUGACCAUGACCUGGGUCACCUAACAAGCCAUACCAUUUCCUCCAUUUGUCCUUGUAAACUGGCAAAUGAAACAUUGACAACUCUAUAGUGCAAUGCAAUAAAAAAGCCACUACUUUUUAUCACAGGAAAGCAUGUACAUGUAUUACUGUUCCAUAAUAAAGUCAGUGACUGCUUCAUAUUCCGACAGCCCUAUGUUCCGACACCCCUAGGUUCCUU